AUGGAUAUCAUGAUAUCGAAACCACAAGAAGCGAUUUUGCGAAAUUGGAAGGAAGAAGAGAGGAAGAGGGUGUCGCACAACACAGUCUAUCUCUUUGGAGUUGGAAGGAGAAGCGAGGAUGCCCGUAAGAUGGGGGUUUUAAUUUUCUAUAAAACCCUUUCUUUCGUUCUCAUUUUCGCAGACCAGUCGGCGGCCAUUGAUUUUCCGCGAGAUUUUCUUGGGAUUUCGAUGCUAGAGCAGCCCAACAAAUACUACUUCAUCAUUCGCGGCCAGAAGAUUGUUCUGGAGGCCGAUUAUUCUAUCUUGACUAUCAUGGAGAAACUCCAGUCCUACAAGUCCAAAGUGGCCCUUCAUUUCGAGGGAACGCUGUAUAAAUUGGGUGACUUUCAGAUGAGAGUGAUUAAAGUUGUUCCCAAUCAAGCAGAAAGUCUCCGAGGAAUUAUGAUUGAGAUUGAGUAUCUCCCUAUUUCGUCAGUUGAAAAAUCCAAGAGAAUUAUGGAAGAUUUCAUCGAUAUGUGGAAAGAAGUAGUGUCUAAAAAAUCCUUAGCGGGUCAGUUCAUGCAUACAGAACCAAAUUAUGCAGAAUAUGGACUUUCUGACAAUUAUACUUCUCAGCAUACUGCUGUUCAGUAUGCUGCUUCGUUGGCCCAACUAAUUCAAUCUUCACAGUUACGAAACUAG